AUGGAUGCUGGAUCAGCUGUGGUGCUCCUUACCCUCCUCGUCUUCUCCAUCUUGUGGUUCCUGCUCUGGAGAAGUGAUUGGAAGAGAAGUUCUCUGCCUCCUGGACCAGCCCCGUGGCCCAUUCUGGGCAACCUGUGGCAAAAGGAUGUCCUGCCCCUCUACAAGACCUAUGAGAAGCUCAGCAGCAUCUACGGCCCCAUCUUCACAGUCCGGCUAGGGAUGAAGCCAGUGGUGGUGCUCUGUGGGUAUGACGUGGUGAAGGAUGCUCUGCUGGGCCACUCCGAGGAGUUUGGGGGAAGACCUGCGAUACCCAUACUGCUGCAGCUAUCCAAAGACUAUGGUUUUGUGUCCAACAAUGAGAAGAAGUGGCGGGAGCUGCGGAGGUUCACGCUUAGCACCCUGCGGAACUUCGGGAUGGGAAAGAGCUCCAUGUCACAGCGAGUGCAGCACGAGGCCCAGCACCUGGUGGAACUGCUGGAAAAACACGAAGGAAAUGCCUUUGAGCCAAUAAUAAUGUUCAGACAUGCAUUUGCCAAUGUGAUCUGCUCCGUUGUCUUCGGGAGCCACUACAGCUACGACGACCCAGCCUUCCUGGAGCUACUGAGUGUGAUUGGGAAUUACAUUGACUUCUUCCUCUCCCCCAUUGCCAUGAUCUACAACACCUUCCCCAACAUCAUGCACCACCUCCCGGGGCCACAUCGGAAAGUCCUGGCUGAGUGCAAGAAGCUGAUAGACUAUAUCCAAGAAAGGGUCGAGCUUCACAAGCUGACGCUGGAUCCCAGCUGCCCCCGGGACUACAUCGACUGUUUCCUUAUGAAAGCAGAGAAGGAGAAGAGCAGUGCAGAGAACAUGUACAGCAACGAAGACUUGGUCAUGUCAAUAUUCAACCUCUUUGGUGCCGGGACAGUGACUACGAGCAACACCCUGGUCUUCUUCCUCUUGGUCCUGGCAAAGCACCACCAUAUUCAAGCUAAGGUCCAAGAGGAGAUCGACAUGGUGGUGGGUGCUGGCCAUGCUCCCAGCAUAGAGGACAAGCUGAGGAUGCCGUACACCAACGCUGUGAUCCAUGAGCUGCAGCGCUUCCAGAAGAGCCGCACAGAGAACUUCCCACGGAUGACAACACAGGAUGUCCUGUUCAGGGGCUACACCAUCCCUAAGGGCACAGCCAUUAUUCCUGUAUUUAAUUCUGUACAUACGGAUCCAAGCCAGUGGGAGAACCCCAAAGAACUUGACCCAGGCCACUUCUUGGAUGAGAAAGGCGAGUUCAGGAAGCGUGAAGCUUUCAUGGCUUUCUCAGCAGGGAAGCGGAUGUGCCCAGGAGAGGCACUGGCUCGCAUGGAGCUCUUCCUUUUCCUCACCACGCUGCUGCAGAGCUUCACCUUCCAGCUUGCCAUCGAGCAUGAGGAGACAGAUUUCUUUUCCCUGUGGCUCAAGAUAGAGAGAAGGGCAAUACCGGGCAGCUUCUUUGCUAUUCGGCGCCUGGUCUCCUCUUAA